UGAGGGAAAAAGUAAAAUGAAGAGUGUGUUAGAGAGAGAGAGAAAACUGGUAAAAGGUCGUUUCAGCGCUGACCGAUUCAGAGUGUGCGUGAUUUCUCUCCUGCAUUUUUCUUGAUUUUCUAUUAUUAAUUUAUCUAAUUUAAUAUUUUUUAGUUCAAUAUUUUAAUGGAAGUCGAAUCAAUUUUAGAAGGAACAACGGGGAAUGAACGUGGAGGGUUGUUAAUUCGAAAAAAAGAAAAUAAAAAAGAGGAGGACGACAAGAAUUUUAAAAAGCCUUCAAUUCUUGGAUUGGAUAAAUUGGCAAAAUCGAAGAGAGAAUUAACAACAAAUUUGCGUAAAAGACAAGUUAUUGAUGAAGAAAAAGGGAAUGAAACACCUGGCUUAUCGGAAAGUGUUCGAGAAGAAAUUAAAAGAUAUGUCAAAGAAAAAUAUAAAGGAAUUGACCAUAGAGGUAUAGAAGCUGAUACAAAAAAUAAAAAAGAGGAAAGAAGAUCUGGAAAGGAUUAUUAUGAAAAACGUUAUAAAAGGGAAAGAAGAGAAGAAAAACAAAAAUAUUCUUUUAGAGAUGUUGAAACUCCUAAAUUUAAGCUUCCAAACACCCCUUCCUGUUCAACUUGGGAAGAAGAUGAUCUUUCAAUUAAUAAAUCUGCAAAAAGGAGUGGUUGGGAUUUUGAAACGCCUAAAGAAUUGAAGGAAAGAAAAUAUGGAGAUUCUGAAAGAAAUAUUGAAAGUAUAUUAAAAUCACAAAGAGAAAGGCAGAAAGAAGAUUAUAAAAAGAGACAUCACCGUUAUCGUUAUGGGGAUUCAAAACCAAAAUAUGACGAAUUACCUUAUUUCAAAAACGAAAGUGAACGCAAACAAUGGGAAAAUGAGCAAUAUAUGCUGGAUAGAGAAUGGUAUGAAAGUGAUCAAGGCUAUAAUGACGAAUUUAAUCCUUUUGCACACAUUUCACAAGAAUAUGUUGAUAAAAGAGAAAAACAAAUGGAACAAACUAGACAAAAACCUAGAUUGACACUAAAACAGCAACAAAUAAAAAAAGAAAAUGAAAUGUGGGAAAAUAAUAGAUUGGCACGUUCAGGCGUUGUAAUAAAUUCUGAAGAAUACGACACUGUUUUCGACAACGAAACAGAUGAAAAUCGUGUUUCUCUUCUUGUACAUAAUAUUAUACCUCCAUUUUUGGAUGGCAGAAUAGCUUAUACUUGUCAAACAAUGCCUGUUAUUCCUGUAAAAGAUGUAACUUCAGAUUUGGCAAUAACAGCAAGUAAAGGAAGUAAACAAGUAAAAUAUUUUAGAGAACAACAAGAAAAAUUAAAAGCUCAAGAAAAACAUUGGGAAUUGGCAGGAACUCGAAUUGGUGAAAUUAUGGGGGUUAAAGCUAAAGAGGAACAAGAACCAACAGAAUCUACUAAUUAUAAGUAUAAUUAUAUUUUUUUUUUGAUUUUUAAUGGAAUUAAUAGUCAGAGCUUUCCCUCCCUUUCCCCCUUACUUCCCCGUGGGGAUGCUAUUAAAUUUUUUUUGUUGUCACCACCUCCUUCCUCGAUUUCACUAUUUCUCCUAAAAUUAGAAUCCCAACAAUUCGCUUCUCAUUUGAAAGAAUCUGAAGCUGUAUCAAUUUUUGCAAUGGAAAAAUCCGUAAAAGAGCAAAGAGAAUAUUUACCAGUGUUUGCUGUUCGUCAAAAACUUUUACAAGUAAUUAGAGAAAAUUCUGUUGUAAUUGUUGUUGGUGAAACUGGAAGUGGAAAAACAACACAAUUAACACAAUAUUUAGUAGAAGAUGGUUAUGGAAAAUUUGGAGGAGGAAUUAUUGGAUGUACUCAACCUAGAAGAGUUGCUGCAAUGUCUGUUGCUAAAAGAGUUGCUGAAGAAAUGGGUGUUGAACUUGGACAGGAAUGUGGUUAUGCAAUUCGAUUUGAAGACUGUACUUCUGAUAAAACUAUUAUAAAGUACAUGACAGACGGUAUUUUGUUAAGAGAAUGUCUUGGAGAUCCCGAUUUGGACUCAUAUUCUGCUAUAAUUAUGGAUGAGGCACACGAACGUUCAUUAAAUACAGAUGUUCUUUUUGGACUACUCAGGGAUGUUGUUGCUAGAAGAUCCGAUAUAAAAUUAAUUGUAACUUCGGCAACUAUGGAUGCCGAAAAAUUUUCAAAUUUCUUCGGUGGCCAUACACCAAUUUUUCAAAUUCCUGGAAGAACAUUUCCUGUAGAAAUAUAUCAUGCAAGAGUACCAGCUGAAGAUCAUGUUGAUGCGGCAGUUAAACAAACAAUACAAAUUCAUUUGGGUGGACAGGAAGGGGAUAUUUUAAUUUUUAUGCCUGGGCAGGAAGAUAUUGAGGUAACCUGCUCACUUAUAAAAGAAAAACUUGGCCAAUUAGAUGAAGCACCCCCUCUAGCUGUAUUACCAAUAUAUUCACAACUUCCUUCUGACCUUCAAGCAAAAAUAUUUCAACGUGCCCCGGGUGGAAUGCGUAAAUGUAUUGUUGCUACAAAUAUUGCUGAAACUUCCUUAACUGUUGAUGGAAUUUUCUUUGUUGUUGAUCCUGGUUAUUGUAAAUUGAAGGUUUACAAUCCAAAAAUGGGAAUGGAUACUUUACAGGUUUUCCCAAUUUCCCAAGCAUCUGCUAAUCAACGUUCUGGUAGAGCAGGAAGAACAGGCCCUGGACAAUGUUAUCGACUAUAUACUCAAAGACAAUUUAAAGAUGAAAUGUUGGCUACUACUGUGCCGGAAAUACAAAGAACAAAUUUAUCAAAUGUUGUUCUUUUAUUAAAAUCAUUAAACGUCGAAGAUCUACUACAUUUUCAUUUCAUGGAUUCCCCACCUAUGGAAAAUAUGUUAAAUUCAAUGUAUCAACUUUGGAUUUUAGGAGCACUUGACAAUACUGGACAAUUAACAAAUAUGGGACGUAAAAUGGUUGAAUUUCCAUUGGAUCCAACUUUGUCUAAAAUGUUAAUUCAAUCUGUUGUUAUGGCUUGUAGUAGUGAAAUUUUAACAAUAGUUUCAAUGCUUUCUGUUCCUUCAAUAUUUUUUCGUCCUAAAAUGAGAGAAGAUGAAGCUGAUGCUAGAAGAGAAAAGUUUCAGGUUCCAGAAAGUGACCAUCUAACAUUUUUAAAUACUUAUAUUCAAUGGCAAAAACAUAAAUACAGUUCUAAAUGGUGUACAGACAAUUUUAUUCACGCAAAAGCAAUGAGAAAAGUUCGAGAAGUUAGAGAACAAUUACUUGAAAUUAUGGAAAGUUUAAAAAUUGAAACAAAUUCGUCUGGAACUGAUUGGGAUGUUGUUAGAAAAUGUAUUUGUUCUGCUUAUUUUUAUAACGCUGCGAGAUUAAAAGGUAUUGGUGAAUAUGCAAAUGUUAGAACUGGAAUGCCUUGUUUUCUUCACCCAACAUCCUCACUUUUUGGAAUGGGAUAUACACCUGAUUAUGUUGUCUAUCACGAGCUUAUAAUGACGGCAAAAGAAUAUAUGCAAUGUGUUACUGCUGUAGAAGCUCAAUGGUUAGCAGAACUUGGCCCAAUGUUUUAUUCUGUUAAAGAAACUUCGAAAACUAGAUCAGAAAAAAUUCGAGAUACUCAACGAACAACAGCAGCAAUGGAAAUUGAAAUGGAAGAAGCACAACGGUUAAUUUCUGAAAGAAAAAUGAUUCAAAGUGAAAGAAAUUCUUCAAAAAGUGGAGAAAAACAAAUUGCUGAAGCUGGGAGAUCUGUUAGAUCUUUUAAAAGAAGUUUUGGAUUUUGA